CCUAUUAACACAUUGUUUUGUUAACAAUUUGCAGUGUUUUCAGUGUUAUGUGCAUGUAAAUUUAACUGGGAACAUAGAUAUUCAACGACAAAACUCACAAGCAGCACAGGUUUUUGCAAAGACCCGCAUUAGCAGGCAUAAUCGAAGCAGCAUCUCGUAAAAAUGCCAAGUGAAAUAAUUACGCUCCAGUUGGGACAAUGUGGAAAUCAAAUUGGCUUUGAGUUUUGGAAACGACUCUGCUUGGAACAUGGCAUCUCGCCUAGUGGGGUACUUGAAGAAUUUGCCACCGAUGGCAUGGAUAGAAAGGAUGUGUUCUUCUAUCAAGCGGAUGAUGAUCACUAUAUACCAAGAGCGGUACUGCUUGAUUUGGAGCCGCGCGUUAUUAACACCAUCAUGACUUCUGCUUAUUCCAAACUUUACAAUCCAGAGAAUGUUUACUUGUCGAAGCAUGGUGGUGGCGCUGGUAAUAACUGGGCAUCUGGCUAUAGCCAAGGCGAUAAAUUACAAGAGGAAAUAUUUGAUAUAAUCGAUCGCGAAGCGGAUGGAAGUGAUUCACUUGAAGGGUUUGUGCUAUGCCAUUCGAUUGCAGGAGGUACUGGUUCGGGCAUGGGCUCAUUUCUGAUGGAACGGUUAGCCGAUCGUUACCCCAAGAAACUUAUCCAAACAUACAGCGUGUUUCCCAAUCAGGACGAAAUAAGUGAUGUUGUAGUACAGCCCUACAACUCGAUGCUAACUCUGCGACGUCUAACAACCGCUGCGGACAGUGUAGUUGUCCUGGACAAUACGGCCUUAAAUCGUAUAGCGUGCGACCGAUUGCAUAUACAGAAUCCAACCUUUACACAGAUCAAUACGCUAGUCUCCACUAUAAUGAGUGUUAGCACCACAACGCUACGCUAUCCAUCGUAUAUGAAUAACAAUCUCAUUGGCCUCACGGCCCCCUUGAUACCAACACCUCAGUUGCACUUCCUCAUGACGGGCUACACACCGCUGACCAGCGACGCUAACCUUAGCAGUCAAGUAAAUCAUAAUCCGUUGUCCUCGCAGCAGCCUGUCAACGUGCGGAAGACAACUGUGUUGGAUGUGAUGCGGCGUCUGUUGCAACCAAAGAACAUGAUGGUGUCGACUGGCCCCGACAAAACCAAUCAUCACUGUUAUAUCUCGAUACUGAACAUCAUACAGGGCGAAGUGGACCCCACGCAAGUGCACAAAUCGUUGCAGCGUAUAAGGGAGCGCAAGUUGGCGCAGUUUAUUCCAUGGGGACCCACCUCAAUACAGGUGGCACUGUCUCGCUCUUCGCCAUAUGUACAAAGCAACCAUCGUGUCUCGGGCUUGAUGUUGGCCAAUCACACGAGCAUUUGCUCUUUGUUUGAGCGCACUCUGAAUCAGUAUGACAAGCUGCGGAAACGUGGCGCUUUUCUGGAUCAAUUUCGACGCGAGGAUAUCUUUAAGGAUGAUUUAACAGAAUUAGACGAGUCCCGUGAGAUUGUUGACGGCCUCGUACAGGAAUAUGAGGCGGCUACACGCAUGGACUAUUUGCAGUUUUCAACAACUCGGCGUGCUGACAGACUGGAUGGGGUAGGGGAUGCGAAAUCUGAAGACAUCAAGUCAAACAGUGGUGAUCUUUAGCCAUAUAUUCUCCUUGUGCCGUUCACGUGCCAUGAU